ACAGGUAGCCGCGGCGGCCCCGCGCCUUCGCCGGCACGCUUGGAGUGAGAGCCGCGACGCGCGUCCACACCCGGAGGAAUCGCACGUAUCUCCCCCCUCCCCAAAAGGGUGCGGAAGCUUCUGGCUGAGGACCCCCGCCACGCGCGCUCACUCCCGCCGCAUCGUGCCCCCACCCCCACCCCGAGCUUUUCCUCGCAUCCCAGGAUGAAUCGUUCUCCUCGCGUGCUGGGGAGGCCGACGGAGCGAGCGGCGGCGCAGGCGAGGAGCCGAUCUGCUCCCGGGUGGGCUCUUCUGCAAGGAGGAGAGCGCGCCGCCGCGAGGGUUUCGCCUGACCAACGGCGCCCAAGUGCUCGCAGGAACAGGCGCAGCGCCUGCUGAAUCGCCGAGGAGCUGAAAGGCCCGGAGAGGAAGUCCGGAACCACCGAACUGCAGGGCGGUCGGGACUUGUGGCAGCACCCGGGAAAGGGGCGGCUCCCUCCGGCUGCGACCCCGGGGAUACUUUUCAAGCGACUCAUUUGGUGCCCGUCGGGUUUGGGAGCGCCCUCUUUCCUAGGACGAGCGGGGAGGUUGGAGUUUGGGAGAUAGCAUGUGAAAAAGAAGACAUUUCUCUCCAUCGCGCCCGCCCCUCGGGAUCCUGUAAGAAAUAAGACUUAUGGUGCCUCUGGACUUCGGGAUGAGAAGCACCGGAUCCUAAAAGAAGCUCGACGGGGCCUCUAUAAAGUAGCAGUUUGAAGCUGCCUUCCCCCCUUCAGAAGCCUGAUGCUGCUACUGCCUGCCGCUUGGCUCUGCUGUGAAGGGAAUGCAGCUGUGCUCCAGGCGCAGCUGGAGCCCCUCUGUGCCAGGAAAACACCCCCCUGGUAGUUGGAUUGUGUGAAAGUCUGGAUUUAGGGGGCAGAGAGGGGGCGCCACCCUCUUUGGCCCAUCUGCUGGCCCAUCUGGGGAAACCUCUAUAAGGAUGCUGGCCGGAUGGAGAGAGCUGUCUACAGGGAUAAGUGCUACACUUUGUUGCCUCCUCUUCUUCUGGCUCCUGUAUUCUCAUCCACCCAAGGAAGGACUUUUGAAAUUGCACAAGACCUGGAAUGCCUCCAUUGCAAAAGAGGAAAGGAGCUGGAGGUGGGGACGUGUGAAAUCACAGCAUUGGACAGAGAUAUGAGCCAUCCCAAGAGGAUGAUCGCCAGGCAAACAGCACGGUGUGCUUGUCGGAGGGGUCAAGUGGCAGGAACAACGAAAGCAAAACCUGCAUGUGUGGAUGCCCAGAUCAUUGUCAACAAACAGUGGUGCGGAAUGGAGCCUUGCGAUGACGGGGAGCAGUGCACUUUGUUAAUAAACCGUUCAGGCUGGAGUUGCACUCGGCAACUGGGGCGAAUAAAAACAGUCACGGUCUCCUGACAGCCAUGGUGCACCUGCCCAUGAGAGCAGCUUCUCUACUUCCUGCACACUGAUGCUGCAGUUCAGCGGUCAAAUCAUCUUGGGGGAAAAGGGGCGACCAGCUUCUUCAACAUGGGUUCAUCCCCAUGAAUUGGGGCCCAUGCCAACUGUAUUUCCUCUUGUGCCUGAACAUGGAACACAAAGGCUACCAACAGAGUAUAUUGGGGUUGUACCUGUGAGAUUUCCUCCACUUUUUUCUUUCCCUUUCUUCCCCAUAGCAAAUAUAACUGUUUCUGGCUUAUUUUGUGGUUUUCUAAAUAUGAAAUGCAGUUUCCCCUAGAUUCCCCCCCCCCAUGACGACAGAGGAUUUGUGCCACUUGGUGCUGUACUGAAGAUUUCUACAGGCCUCUUGGAUUUGGGGAAUGGCUGCCUCCUUCAGACAUAUGGCUGUGACAGACUGAGGCAGUUGCUAAGUGUCUGGGAUGUUCUCCAGUUGCUGUGAAGAAAAUGUUCUCUUUUCCCCUGUGCCUCUUCCUUUCACUUGUUCGUUCUCUCCCCCUCCCUCCCCCAAAUCCAAUGGAGAUGAGGAGAUUGGGGGGGGAAUGGUACGCGUCAUGGCUGCCACUCCUGACUGUGGCCUUCUCUGCCUACAUAGGGGAGGAAGUUCACCAAAGGCAUGGGGCGCACUGUGAGAAAGAAAGAAAGAAAGAAAGAAAGAAAGAAAGAAAGAAAGAAAGAAAGAAAGAAAGAAAGAAAGAAAGAAAGAAAGAAAGGCCCUUGUGAAAUGGCAGGGUAAAUAACGUGGACAAAAAGAAACAAAAACAAAUGUGUGUAUUUAAUGAGCUUUCCUCUUCCUUUUGCGUUUACAGCUUCUUAUUUAUCUCCAUUUACUCAUGGCACCUGCCCAAACAUUCCCCUUCACCACUAAAUGGGAGCAAGCUCAAAAUCUGAGCAGAAUUGAUUUAACAUGAUUAGCUACAUGCCAUUGAUCAUGCAUUCUGACUGGAAAAAGAUAUUCAUUCAUGACUGGUUUUAGAAAAGCAUAAAAAUCCAAUCCAAUUUCCCCCCUCAGACUAGAUCGACCCAUUUGAACGGCCUUGGAAAUCUCUGAAGUUGUUGGUUUUUUUGCUAGGCAUAUUGCAGCCCUGGGCCUUUGAAAGAGAUCCCUCUUCAAUGUUUGAACUUACUGCAGUGCUUGCUUCUUCAAGCUAUGCUAUGUAGGAAUUAAAGCAUCCAGGUUACAGUUUCUCCCAUGAUUGAUUUGGGCUCUAGUAUUAAACUGGAAGUGGAAGAGAAACUACCGCAAACCAAAGGUUUAGAUUAAGGCAGAGACCUUGUCCUAAUUCAGGCUUCCUCAACCUCGGCCCUCCAGAUGUUUUUGGCCUACAACCCCCAUGAUCCCUAGCUAGCAGGACCAGUGUUCAGGGAUGGUGGGAAUUGUAGUCUCAAAACAUCUGGAGGGCCGAGGUUGAGGAAGCCUGUACUAAUUGCUAGCCUGGACUUUGCGAUCCACACCAGUCCUGGUCUACCCCAGCCUGCCCUUUGCACUAUCAACCAGCAGCUAGGGGAUUGGUACAGUCUAUUUGUGGUUUGCCAGUGUCAGGAAUAAUCCAAGUCACAGGGGAGAUAAAUGUGGUCCACCGUUCUCCAGAUGCUUGUAAUGCUAACCACAGCAAGACCCAGUAGCAUCCUAGGGUGAUUAUAGCUAUGUUCCACUAUAAACUCCAGUUCUAAUCAUGGCUUUGCCUCUUUUGGGGGGGGGGUUGUAAUUUAAUACGGUACCUUGAGUCCGCAUGGUAAACCAUGUGCUCUCCUUUCUUUCCCUUUGAUAUAUCACAGCAGUCGGGGUCAAUUAGCCCAAGUCUCACCAGGCAAAUGACAUCAAGUUGUGUGUUAACCCAGCCAGCUAAAUUCAGUCUUCACCUUGACUGAUAACAGAAUUUGAAGAGGCAACCACUAGUAAAUGCAGAUGCUCAAAUACGUAGCUGUAGGGGACGGGUGAAUGGAAGGCUUAAUCAGAUGGACUGAGGUAAAAGGGAUGGGGUGGGGGAGUUGGCAAAACAGAAGGCCAGAAGAAGACUUCCUGCAGAAAACAGGCCUAAGCAGGAAUAGGAAUUCUACCUAGGAACAACCAACCAACACAUAAUAAGAGACAAUAAGGCCUGAUCAGUGGCUGAUAGAGCUACAGCAAGAAAACUAGAGCAGUUAAAAAUGCAGAGACGUAACAAUACGGAUGGAGAACCUGUGACCCUCAAGAUGUCAUUGGACUCCUAUCAGUCCCAGCCAGAAUAGACAAUGGUCAUGGAUGAUGGGAGUUGUAGUCCAGUAACAUCUGGAGUGCCACGGGUUCCUCAUCCCUGAAGCAACACAUGUGCCUGGUUGGAGAAGAACAAGAGUCUUUUGCCUUUAGUUCAAGGCUGUCAUUAGUUUUUACCCGGAGACUCACUGUUGGUUUCCCUUUUUUCUUAAUGCACUAUCUGCCCUGUUGAUUUCAAUUCUUCCCUUCACCUAGAAGUGCAGCAUGUUGUACUUCUUCAUUUCUACCAUCACCCACUUCUGGUGACUCAAUGGCACAUUUAAAACUUUCCAAGCCCCAUUGCUUGGCACUGAUCGACAAUUUGAGAAUUUCUCCCUCGCCUGUAAAUAUCAAAGGUUUGGGGGUCUGCUCCCAUCCCAGCAUCCCUCCCCACCGUUUCUGGUCUCACUGUGAGUUGGGCUCUUAUGUUGCAAGGGCCUUUUCCACUGUAAUAAAUUUCCAAGAUUUGUGAUGUUAAAAAAAGAAAAAGGUAAGGAAAUAAAAUUCUAACUUUAUUAGUCAACGAGGACACUACCCAUCCUUCCUGUUUUUUUGUUUUUGUUUUUUGCAUGUGUGUACGUUUAGUGGUAAAAGCUAUAGCAUCCAGAC